AUGUAUACUUCACGCUCAUUGUUUUCAACUUUAGCAAGUUGCCUUUCGCUAGCAACGCUCGUUGCAUCGUCUCCCACCACUAACCAGAAUUUGCCAAGCUCGAAGCGCGAUGCGACGGUUGAACAGAACGUGUUCUUCGACAUCAAUGGCAAAGAAGUAGAGACCAGAAUUGCAAAACUGAAGGCCGAGGGUUACCGACCAACUUCCCUAAAUAUCCAUGGGACGCCUACCGAUGCAAAAUACGCCGGCAUCUGGAUAAAGCAAGAUGGCAAUCCCUACGAGACAAUUGUAGGUGCCAAUAAAACCACCUAUGAUGCUUGGCUCGAUCAGUGGAAAGCCAGUGGCUACGUUUCGACGCAAGUCUCUGCCACCGGGCCCGCCUCCAAUGCUGUGUUUGCAGGUGUGAUGGAGAAAAUACCCUCGAUUCGCAACUGGACUCAGAUAUGUGGCACGAGCAGCCCUUAUGCGUACUUGAAUGCGACAGGGGAUGCCCCGAUAGUGAUUACAGGUGUGAGCUUGUACGGCACUCCAACCGAACGCCAAUACUGUGUCCUCGGACACGAGGACACAGACAACCAUCAACAGACUGUGUGGUUCCCGACUACCUCUUCGCAGGAUUACAAGACGAUAGAACCCGCUGAGACUACCAAAAGAUUCUGGAGACCGGUCUUCAUCGACAGCUCGGAAGACAAGCUCCUUGCAUCUAUUUUUGAUGAUACGAGUGUUGGAAAUUGGACCGUCCGUACCGACCUCACCGCAUCGCAGUUGCAAUCAGAGAUUACCGCUCAAAAGGCGAAUAACAUGCAUCCUAUUCACAUCUCCGGUGCAGGAUCCACAGAGACACAAUACGUUGUGAUUUUUACCGAGCAAGCCACCCCGCUGGAACGCAAUUGGCGCGCUGUAGGCGAUAUCACUGGCUUCCCGGACAAUGCUGGAGUGAAGAGAGAUUUGGAUGAAAUACUUCAAAAGUUUAUGAAGCGUAACAGUGUCCGACAAGCCCAAGUCUCCGCCUCAAUCAACGGAACUGUCAUCGCUUCGCGCGCCUACACAUGGGCCGAGAGCAACCGCGCCAUUGUCGAACCAUCCGACAAGUUCCUUCUCGGAAGUGUUUCUAAAGCAUUCACAUACGCGGCAGUGGACCACCUCGUCUCCACUGGCGUGGUCAACCUUACAGAUCACAUCUACCCGCUCCUUGGCUAUACUAAGCCCGCAGACCCUCGCUCGCUAAACAUCACCAUACAACACCUGCUCGACCAUACGGGUGGAUUCGACCGUGGAAUGUCACCCGACAUUGGCUUCAUCUUCACGACCGUCGCUCAAUCGCUCAACCAAUCUACUCCCGCCACACUACGUCAACUCAUCGAGUACGUCCUUGCCAAACCGCUCGACUUCGAACCCGGCACGAGAAGUGUGUACUCAAACUACGGAACCCUGCUCCUCGGCUACCUAAUUGCCAACAAAACCGGCGAGACAUACAUGUCCUACCUUGAGAAAAACGUCCUUAAGGGUCUCGACGUGGAAAUGUACACUACACCCGGGGCAGACCACACCAACGAUCGCAUUGUCCAGGAAACAAAGUUUACCAGCAUUUCCGCUUUGACGCCACUGUCGGAAAAGAGAGUAGCCAAUGUCUAUGGCGGCGAUGGCGCAGUCAAGGAAGCGGCGGUCUCUUCGUUUGCGCUAAAGGCUUCCGCGGAUACGGUAUCGCGGUUCAUUGGCAAGCAUGCGGCGUACGGACUCGGUCCCCGACAGCUAUUUAUGUACCGUGACGGUACGGUCGCGGGUGCGCGCGCAUUGGCGUAUAGUAUGGCCAAACUGGAUUGGGCGAUAACGUUGAAUACAAGGGAGUAUCUGGAUGAAAAUGCAUGGAAUACGUUGGUGUUUACCGAUUUGUAUCAGCUUUGGGGUGCCCUCGAUUCGGCGCUUCCCUUAUAA